UCUGCUGCAGGAACCAGAGGAGAAGAACUUCAUCUCUAUCAUAGAGAGAGAGAAAAUGUUGUUCUACCUUGUAACUGUCCUUCAUCAUUUUCCUCCUGCUCUGAUGUUAAAUGGUUUUACAAAAGAGGUAAAAACCCAAAUACUCAGCAGGAGGUUUGGAAUGGAACAGAUGUUCAGAGUUCAUCUCGAGCUCACAGGUUAAAUGUGAGCAGCAGCUGCUCUCUGACCAUCAACUACAUCCGUCCGAACGAUGCUGGACUCUACACCUGUAGAUCUGGAUCCUCCUCAGAUGGUUUUGUGUAUCUGAAUGUUUUAUCCAUUAACAGAGGAGAACCAGUUGAUAUGUACUACAGAGGAGGAGAUGAAGCUGUUCUACCCUGUAACAGACCUUCAUCAUCCGACUCAUGUUCCUCUGUUGACUGGUUUCAUAAGAGAAAUGAAAACAUUAACAUUCAGCAGGAAGUUCAUAGAGGAAUCGUUCAGAGUUCACCUCGUUCUGCCAGGAUGAGUUUGGACAGAAACUGUUCUCUGAUCAUCAACAACAUCAAUGCUGAUGAUGUUGGACGUUACAGAUGCAGUUAUAACACAGAUGUUCAUCUAAAUCUGCUGAUCAUCUCUUCAUCUCCACCAGCUGCUGAUCCAACAAAGAAUGGAAAAAUAACAUUAAUCUGUUCUCUGGUGAGAUUCAGAGAGUUUAGUUCCUGUCCAGUUAAAAGUCUCCUCUGGUUGAACGAGACAGGAAGUGAACUGACUGGUGAAGGUGAUGGAUAUAAAUCAGGAGGACAGUUUGGUUGUGUUUCUCGUCUCACUGUGAAUCUUCAGAGCAGCAGAAGAUUCACCUGCCAGUUUGUUGAAGGAAACGAAGUGAAGGUAGAAGCUCACUACCAACAUGAAGGCCCCCCCGCCUCGUCUCCUCUGAGCUUCAUCAUGUUGACUCUGAAGAUCACAGGACUGAUCCUGAUGGUUGGACGCACUGUUGGUAUCAUCAGAACCAGAGGAAGAAAAAAGCCUCAGAAAGACAUUAAAGUUCGUUUUGCUGCUGAUGACGACACAGUGGAUUAUGAAAAUGAUGGAGAACGUUCUGCUGCCGCCGCACUGCACUGAGCUUCAUCACAUCCAUGAUGGUUCAUUAAAAAGCUUCAUUUUAACUGUUAGCCAGAACUAAAGGAUAUUUUGCUUUGAGUUAUCUGCAUAUGAAUAGUAAUUUUGAACCGUAUUAUAUUCUGUAUUAAAUCCAUUAUAAAUGAGUUAAAAAGCUGUUUGAGAUAAGAAGCUUUAAAUGUGUUUUUGCUUCCUUUUUAAAUGUAAAUAAAAUCUUUAACA